AUGGUGAGGCACUGCAUCGCUUAUGGAUGUGUUAACAGAAGUAAUAAGCCAGAAUGUUCAAAAUUGUCGUGGCAUUCUUUACCUAUAAACAAUGCUAAGCUUCUUCGAACCUGGUUGCUUAGAAUGAAGAGAAAAGACCCUCCUGUGUCGAAACAUUCUUAUCUCUGCAGUCAGCACUUUUCUGAAGACUGUUUUAAGCGUUGUGUGGGAGGAAAACGAUAUCUGAAAAGUGGAUCUGUUCUUACAAGAUUCAGUUUUACACCGGAGGAAAAGCCAAAGCGGAAAGCUCCUGUUGAUCGCUCAGCUGCAGAUAUUCCAUUUCAAGAAGAUGGAUUUCCUAGUUUCAUUACUGAUAAAGCUGAGGCGGCUAAAAGCAAAGAAGAACUUUUAAUCGAGCAACUUAAAGAAAAGGAAGAAGAAGUGAGUCGCUUGAAAGAAUGUCUCCAGGUUCAGAGGAAGGAACUCGAAGAAAAACUUUUUGAAAAAAAAAUGAAACGACUUGAACAAGAAAGGGAGCUUAGGAAAGAGUUGGAAAGUACGCUCCAACACAGUCUCUUUAACAUUGACAAUAUUAAGAGUAAUGCAAAGUUGUUGCGAUUCUAUACUGGCUUUCCAAACUAUGAAGUUUUCAGCACAGUCCUGAGCUUUUUAGGUAAGGGUGCAGCUUCCAAACUUGUGUACAGCAACACUGAACAAAAUGAUGCUCAAAAAAGGGAAAAAGCAGGCCCGAAAAGGACCUUGUCAGUGGAGCAGGAAUUUUUCCUUGUCUUAUGUCGCUACAAAGUUGGUCUACUAGAGGAGGAUUUGGCUGCAAGAUUUAGAAUAUCUCAGAGUCUUGUCAGCCGAAUAAUUAUUGCUCGGACAAAGUUUAUGUACUACCAAUUCAAAGAACUAGACAUCUUUCCUGACAGACAAAUAAUUGAGUUACACAAGCCUGCUUGCUUCACAAACAAGUACAAAGGAACAACAGUCAUCAUUGAUCUAACUGAAAUAUACAUAGAAAAACCUAGUAAACCAGAAGCACAACAGCUCACAUUUUCAACUUACAAGAAUACUAAUACCCUCAAGGCAUUAGUCGGUAUUACCCCAGGUGGCAGUUUGUGUUUUAUUUCAGAUCUCUAUGGUGGCUGUAUUUCUGAUAAGGAAAUAACCAGUAAAUCUGGUUUUAUUGACAAACUACAGCAAGGAGAUGAGGUCAUGGCAGAUCGUGGGUUCAACAUUCAAGAAUUGUUAGCCUCGAAAGGUGUCAAGGUGAAUGUUCCUCCCUUCAUGAAUCAAUCAGGACAGUUCACUGAACAGGAAAUGGUAGCAACCAGAAGGAUUGCAACUCUCAGAAUUCAUGUUGAACGUGCAAUUGAACGUAUAAGGAACUACCAUAUUUGA